AGUUUAAAUGCCCUCGGAAAAUUGUGAGAAGUCGCCGACGACGUUGGCCUAUAAGGCCUCUUACGCCGUGUUAGGAGCGCUCUUUGUGGUCACCAACUUUGUUAUAAUCCCAAGCAACCUGCAGAUGAUAUUGUACACGGCUCCUAUUAUGUGUAUUGCUUGCCAUCAAAGCCUCAAACUUAACAACACCAAUGCUGAUGGGAAGAAGGAGGAUAUUGAUUCCGUGUCACACAAGGAUGCGAUGAUGUUCCCUGUUGUCGGGAGUGUAGCUCUGCUCAGUCUGUAUUUAGCGUAUAAGCUGGUGUCUCCAUAUUUGAUGAACCUGCUCCUCACCGGCUACUUGGGGAUGUUGGGCGUGGGGGCUCUGGCGGAGACGGUGAAGCCUCUUGUGGACAGUUGCCUUCCAGAGGAUGUCACUAAAAACAGAUUUCACAUCCGCUUCACGAUGCCGGCUUUACUGAUGAAAGUGUUCGCGGAGAAGGCCGAUGAAGAUCCGAACGUCGAGCUCAAUUUCAGCUAUUCCCAUAUACUCGUCUAUGGAAUAUCAGCAGUCCUGGGGGGUUAUUUUGCUUGGACUAAGCAGUUCACCAUCCAUAACAUGUUUGGAGUUUCCUUUUGCAUUCAAGCGAUUCGUCUAAUCUCCCUCCACAAGUUCUCGGUCGCCUUCAUCCUCCUCGCUGGUUUAUUUGUUUACGACAUUUUCUGGGUGUUCGGCACUGAAGUGAUGGUGUUCGUGGCGAAGUCAUUCGAUGCACCUGCGAAGAUAAUCUUCCCUCUCUCAUUUGAUCCGUGGAAGCAGGGAAUUCUCGGUCUCGGCGACAUCGUCGUACCGGGUAUAUUCAUAAGUCUCAAUAUGAGGUUCGAUUAUCAUCAGGAUCAAGUGAAGAAUAAAAGGCCAGCUGAAAGGGAUGUGGACAUACAUCGUCCUUUCCCGAAGCCAUACUACCACAACGUAUUGAUCGCCUACCUCCUGGGCCUCCUCACCACGGGCAUCAUCAUGCAGGUUUUCAACGCGGCCCAGCCAGCUUUACUCUACCUCGUUCCUUUUACUGUAGUCGCUGCCUUAUCGACGGCAUACAGUCGAGGUGAAUUGAAAGAUAUGAUGGAGUACACAGAGGGGGAGGAGAAGCAAGAGGAAGAGAGGAAAAAGGAAAAGUGA